AUGAAGAAAUUUCUUGGCCAUCUUUGGUACUUAUCAGAAGAACUGAUCGCAUUCACGUUUCUUGACGAAAAUGUUUCUUCAGAAACAAAAAGAAACAUGGUGGUUGCUAUGUUAAAUGAAGGAACGGAGCACCCAGUGAAACGCAUAAGUUUGGAACCUGAUAUUGUUUUAAGAAAAAACUUAGAAGAUUUUGCAACCGACAACACUUGCAAAUUCUUUGACAUAUUAGGAAUUUCGUCUCAGUUUUUUAACCAUUGGGAUGAAAAGAAGAUUAUAAAAAAACUAAAGCAAUCGUUCAGUUAA